AUGCAAAUUCCCUAGUCAUCUGUUCUCUAAGCCUUGUAAAUUAAAAAUGCAUCGUCCCCAUCUGGUAGCACCAACUAAAACUAUAACUCAAUUAGUAGCAAUUACUACCACAUGGAUAGUAACAGCAGUCAGCUGUAGAGAAACUCUAACAUCUCCUUCAGCAGUAAUGUUCAUAGGAAUAAAAAGCAGUCACCUAACAUAGUCAGGGAUAAUAAAAUUUUCCCAAAUGACUUUUUCUAGUACGGUCAUUAGAACCUUAAUGGCUCACCGUCAUCCUCUUAAAUUUUGCCAUCCACUGGAGGCUAGAAUAUGAGAGAUGCUCAUAAUCUUGAUUUUGAUGAAUUGAAUGAAAAUUUCAAUACUAUCUAGAGGCUCCCAAUCUCUAAACCAUCUUUGUUUAAGCCAGAAAAUGUGCCUUCUAAUCCUACCAAAAAAUUUAUGUUUCCAAAUGAAGACCUGGCAGGUAAUCAAGCAUUGAAGCAAAGCUACGGUAGAAGAAGAGACUAAUAAAUGAAUAUAAAUGACUUACAAAAUUACUCAGCUCACAAAGAUUAAUUUGACUCAAUAUAGCAUUAGUUCCUGCAUAUGUCAAUUGACAGUGAUUAAUUAGUAGGUAGACAAGGAAGCCUGACUCGGAAGUCGUUACCUUUCGGGAUUAUUGAAGCAGAUUAAAAUAUAAAAGGACGAAACUAUGCUGGGUCUCCUCCGCCAGUCUUUACAAACCCUUAAAAUUUAAUCUAAAGAAAUAAUGAAAAUUUCAACAGUAUAAAUUCCAAUAAUAGUAAUAAUGAUGGUAAGCUCCCAGGUCUCAGAAACUCAAUAGGGAGGAAUUCUCAAAAUUAUUUGGAAAAUGAGUUAAUGAGUUCUCACGGGUAAAUACCUAAUUUUCAUAACUCCAUUACUCCCCCUUCAAUGAAUUUAGGGUCCUAAGAUUAGUACUUGAGACCUAUUUAAUAGCGAGUUCCUAUCUUCAUGCGUCAUAACGUCCACAGAGAGGAGCUCGAAAACUCUAAAAAUAAUAGUUCGUCACAUCUAAGAAUUCACGAAUAAGAAACAUUCGUAACAAACUCUCAAAAUAAUCUAAAUGCCAACUAAAAUUAAUACAUGAAUUAUAACUCUAGCAAUAUAUCUAUCAAUAAUGACAGUAUCUCUUCCUUGCCUAGACAGGUUUAAAUAAGUCGAGUUGACCAAGAGGAGAUUUUUCAUGCUGCAAGUCCUUAAAUCUCUCAAAUUCAUGACUACUCCUCUUCAAAUUUAGCGUCUGGAGGUAAACACAGCUUAAACAGUUCUACUCUCCACCAGCCAAAUAAUAAUCAUCACUAUUGGAGUAGAUCUCCUCAAAUACUUCGAGACCUAGAAAUCAACCAUCAAAUAAAUAAUCAAGCCAUUUAUUUCCCGUAAUCUACCAGAAAUAAUUCAAUUUAGAGAAGCCCAUCGAUUGUCAAUAAUUCGGAUAAGGGAGUCAAGUUUCCCAAUAUAUUUAAUCAUAAUAAUUCCUAGAUCACUACUGGAUAAUAAUCAAUAAACAGCUCCCAGAACCAACACUCAUCCCUAAGCCAUCCUCAAAUAAAAUUGAAGAAAGGUCAAAUCAAUCUUGAUACUAAUUACUAGAUCGCAAAACAAUAGCAAUAAUAACAGUAGCAGAGGAAAGAAUCUGUUAUUUUAGAAAGAAAAGAGACUUCUGAGUCUGAAUAAAGUUAAAAUACUCAAUAGUAAUUAUAAUAACCUAUGAAAAAAGCUACCUUAGAUAGAAAGAUGCUCACUUCAAGGGAUUAGGAUGAUAGAUGGGUCAAGGUGCCAAAAGAGAAACCAAUUAUUAGGCAUCAAAGCAAAUCUAAAUUGGAACACGUGAAGGAGCAGGUACUCGGCAAAGAGAAAGAUAUGACGGAGGAAGGAAAAUCUUAUAAUAGGAAAAAUUCCCCUUUCUCAUAAAGUGGAAUGUGUUGGUACAAUUCAAACCAAAAUUCUAAUGAUAAAGGCAUGACCACCUUUGGGCCAAGUCCUUCUAACAAAGAGAACCCUAGAAAGAAGAGGAAAGAAGACUUGCCGAGGCACUCGCUUCCAGAGAACAGGAAUACUAAUUAAUCAAUAAUACCUAAUUAAGAAGAAUAAAAUUUAAGACUUCAAAGCAAGUAAACAUAGAAAAGAAAGAAGUCAAGAGCUAAUGAUUCAUAAAACUUGAAGUUAAGUUACUCUGAAUUAGAAACCCCGAAUUUCAAGUAACAGCAAUCUCUUUUAUAAAGAUAGUCAUUAAAGUAAAAUAAAUUUGAGGACGGUUAUACAUAGGCCAAGAAAUUAUAUGAUUAGUUUAAUAAGAUAGAGGAGACACCCUAAACUUCAAGAACAAGACACACUUAGCAGAUAUAGUUAACUGAAGAGGAGGAUGAUAUGCAUAUCAAUUAUGUCUCUUGCUAACAUGAGAUAUUUGAAGAUGACAAUAAUUCACUAUCUUCAAGAGCUGGAGCUGGAUCCCCUGAUAUGAGAUGUGCGAACUAUGAUAAUUCUCAAACAACUGCAGGAGAUGUGCAAAAGCAAUAACUAGUAUAAUUCGCUUCAAGGAAAGGAAAUGUGUAGGACCGUGGCCGGUCACCAGAACCCCUUACUGAUGGAGAGAUCAAGAAGUUCAAGGUUGUCACUAAGUCUAAAAAGAGGGAGAAGGAACAUACAUAAGAGAGUAAAAGUAAAAUAUUAAGGGAAAUCGAAAAGAAUUUGAAAAAGGUGAAAAAUCCGACCUCCCACCUAGUGGAAUAACAAGAAUAAGUGAAUAUAUAACAGCAAAAUUAGGGCCCUUAAAUUUCAUAAAACUUAGCCGAAAUCAAAGAGGGUAACAAUAAUAAUUUGCCAAAGAAGAUUCCAAUGAUUAAAAAAUCGUAAAUCCAAAAUAAUCCAAGCACUUAAAACCUUUAAAAAGCAAACAUAACAAGGAAUCCAAAUAAGAUGCAAAAGAAACUCGCCUCAAAUCAGCAGUAACCUCAUACUGAAAGUUAAGACUAUGAACUGCAGCAAUAAAAGGAAAAUGAUAUUAUUAUAAAAAAUUUGGAAAAUCAGCCUAAUAAUUAUCAUUAGCAAACUCAAGCAUAAUACUUUACUAUUUCUUAAAAGAGAAUUCCUCUUACAUCAAUUGAGAACUAAAACAUCUAGAUUCAAAGUCAGUAGUUGUAAUCCUAGAAGGAUUAGAAUAUUCUGCAGAAUAUUAAUAAUAAAAUAUUAUCGUAAAAUUAGCAAUAAUAAUAAUAACAGCAGCAGUAAAAUGCUAUCAAUAUCGGAAAUUAAAAACACCAUAUUUAAUAGAUCUAUAUGGCCGCUUAAAUCCCCUAGGAAUUCAAUGGAAUGAUAACUUUUAUGAAUAUCAACUCUGAGCAUCACUCAUCACAAAAUAAUGAUGGGGAAAAUGAGACUUUCAAGAAGACUGGUGGCUCAAUAAUGCAAGGUACAAUGUUCAGUAUGACUGGCGGUAGUCAUAAUGGCAGCUAAGCAAGCUGUAAUAAUUCUAUAAUUAUGAUGAGAAGUGAGAGUAAUUAUAUGACUAGCGAUUUCGGAUAAAUGAUGAGUCCUAUGAGUACCUCACACUUUGUAAUAAUGCAGCAAAAAUGCAUGCCUGGUGCAGAUACCUCCAAUUAGUCAAAAGCUAACCUUAAUGAAGAUAAAGGCAAUAUUAAAUAAAAAUAGCACCAGCAUUAAACGUAAGAAGAAGAAAAUCAGUUUGAAAGGGAUGAAUCCGAAUAGUUUAAACUUGAAUUUUAGAAUUCAAAAAUAAAGAAGCCAAAUAAUUCUCACAAAACCAUUAAUAACUCUGUACCAAAGAAGUCAGCCAAUUAUCACUAAUGA